GGUAAAAAGAGUAUGAGAUUCUCACAUUACUGGCACGAAAACUUCAAUUAAGAUGAAGUGUUUGACAGCAUCAGUGGUGGUAGCUGUUCUGGCUUCAGCAUCAGCAGUGUCUUUCUUCUCUGUCGUGCUGGACGAAUGGGAAGCUUUUAAGCUUGAACACGGCAAGACAUACGAAAAUGAAGUCGAGGAAUCCUUCCGCAUGAAGAUUUUCACGGAGAACAAGCGCAGGAUCGCUGCUCACAAUAAGUUGUAUGCUACGGGAGUCAAGUCGUUCAAACUUGGUAUGAACAAAUACGGAGACAUGCUCCAUCAAGAAUUUGUUUCGACAAUGAAUGGGCUUAUCUAUAACCGUACUGGCGAGACUAUGGGCACUCCGCCGUACACUGGUGCAACAUUCAUUGUACCGGAUGAUGAUGUUAUCAUGCCAGAGAGUGUUGACUGGAGGGAUAAAGGAGCUGUGACGCCAGUCAAGGACCAGGGUCGUUGUGGCUCCUGUUGGUCGUUCUCAGCCACUGGAUCGCUGGAAGGUCAACACUUCCGCAAGACUGGUCAACUAGUAAGCCUCUCUGAGCAGAACCUGAUUGAUUGCUCAGCCAAGUAUGGUAAUGGUGGCUGUGAUGGUGGAUUUAUGGACUACGCUUUCCAGUACAUUAAGGAAAAUGGUGGAAUUGACACUGAGGGAGCAUAUCCGUACGAGGCCAAGAACCAAAAGUGCCGCUAUAACCCUAGUGAAUCUGGCGCUCAAGAUGUCGGCUUUGUUGACAUUCGUGAGGGAAGUGAAGAUGACUUGAAGAAAGCUGUUGCUCUUCUUGGACCUAUUUCUGUUGGCAUUGAUGCUUCGAGUGAUUCAUUCCAACUUUACAGUAGUGGUGUUUAUAACGAACCAGACUGCAACCCAAAGCAGCUGGACCACGGUGUUCUGGUUGUUGGUUAUGGCACUACUGAGGAUGGCACUGACUACUGGCUGGUCAAGAACUCCUGGGGCGCCACAUGGGGUGAUAUAGGCUACUUAAAGAUGAUUCGCAAUCAUAAUAACCAGUGUGGCAUUGCUACUGCUGCUUCCUAUCCUCUUGUAUAAGAGACGUGAAGAUAAAUUCGCAAACAGGCGAAAUUGUUUACAAACAUUGCCUCUACGUCCACAGCAGGACUCGAACCUGCAAACUCUGUAUCAGAGUCCACAGUACGUUACCAAGGAGCCAGCUGGCCCCGUGGUUUAACACGGGGCCAGCUGGUUCGUGUGUUGUUGUGGACGUUGAGAUGAUGUUAUAUAUAUAUAUAUAUAUAUAUAUAUAAUAUAUAUAUAUAUAUAUAUAUAUAUAUAUAUAUAUAUAUAUAUAUAUAUAUAUAUAUAUAUAUAUAUAUAUAGCCAAGUCUAACUAAUUAUAUUGAAAUAUGUAGUCAUUUCCAUAUUGUUCUCUAUGUUAGCAAUGUUUUAAUAUCUUAGACGUAGAUAAAUAAUAUUCUGUUAUCAAUUAUUUUCUUAGUCUUAACAUUUCUUUUAAGUUCCUAAAUAUUUUAAUGGAUUGUUAUCAUUUAUCAAUAAAAUCUGUUAUAUUUAGUUGUGGCUUUUAACUUACAGAUAUAAGACAAUAGUUCAUGAAACUGGAUGCUAUGCAUAGAAAUUGAACAGUUAAAAAUAAAGGCCCACAAUUAAAAUAAUUCACUUUGAUUAUCUGUGUUAUCCCAGGUUCUCUACGUAUAUGCUGCUAUGUAUGAUAAUCUAUGUAACUGUAUUUGUGUAUAUCUGAAUAAACUUACUAAUGCUGUAGGAAGACGUCGAGGCUUUGAUCGACAUCUUUGCAUAAUUUAGGUGACCCAGAAGUCUGUGUUUGUCUCUGAUAAAUGUAAUAUUGUGAUAUUUCAAUUGGCCUUUAAAAGUUUGUAACUGGCUAUACAUGUAUUAAUGUUGAUAGAAUUACCGACAAUAUGUUAGGUUGAACGCAAGUGAAACUAUGUGACAUUUUAUUAUGGCAAUGUUUCGCUCUCCAGUAGCUUUAUCAAGCGAAACGUUGCCACAAAUAAAUAUCACAUUAGUUACAGUUGCGUCUUUUUACCUAACAAGCUAUAUAUAUGAGUGAUUUUCCUAUUUUUAAUAAAAAUACCAAUUAAAAACUA